AUGUCUCAAACCCACGGGGAAGAUUCUCAUCCAGAGGAGCUGGUGCAAAACAUGCCGGCACGCCGGAAUUCCUCCCGAUUAUUCCCCCGUGGUCUUCGGACCCUACCUCCUCCAUUCGUACCCCACUCGCAGCGCCAUCUGGUUCAUCCGCCUGGUCUGGCCCCUUCUCGAAUUCCAUCUGCAUCAAUGGACUCCCAAUGCGUUGUGCAACCUCAAUCUCAAACGCCUGGGCUUUAUCAUGGCUAUCAAUAUCUCGAUACCCAGCCAAUCGGCCCUACUCCAUUGGUGUACUCGUCGUCUCCGCACCUCGCGCCACGACAGCUAGGAUAUGCUGCCUAUGGCACUGACAUUGGCGCCUCUCAGCAUGGCACCUCGCAAUAUGGAGCCACUCAGUAUGGGGCUACUCAGUAUGGUGCUGGUCAGUAUCCCAUUUUGACCCAGCAGACCAGAACUGCUCAAGUUGAUGCUCCACCCAUCAGAGCCCCUCAAGCCAGAGCUCCCAAGGUUGAGCUUUCCCAAAUCGGUACUUGUGAACUUGACUUUAACGCAAUGGUCCCUCGUCUAUGGACGCCCGACCCGGAGAGCCCUGACUCAUUGGCACCAUCUCCACCACCAGCAAAACCUACUCAUGAUCUGCGUCCCCCUCUUCCGUCUGCUCCCCCGAUCGGCCCGCAGUAUACGUCCCCUCCCCUGCCAACUGUCCCUGUUCCUUGCGGUGUUUCUCCUUCUUGGUCGGUUGGCCCGCAGCAUGUGGUCCCUGCAGCGCCCCCUGGCCUUGCUGCCACUCAUCCGACUACAAUUGACCCCCACAAUAUCUAUCAAACCGCGACGCGCCCUUGUCACAUCGCUCAUAGGCGAUACACGGAUUGGACUCGGGUUGCCUACGGCGCUUCGAUAUUGCCGGAGACAUUCUUGACUAGGUGGCAUGAAGCUCUCGGAGAGGUGCGUUUGGUAUUUGGAUAUUCAACUCUCCCGGACAUCAUUGUCUUCAACCAAUUCCUCUCUGCCGUCUCCGCCAACCCUGCAGCUCGCGAGUGGGUAGCUUCCCUUCAUGUUCCCAUGGACAGACCCUUGGCAGCUUCUGUUAUGGAAGAGACAUACAGGGAUUUUCUUAAACACGAGGCUCGUCGACUCGGCCACCCUCCAUCGACAUGGGAUCCUCAACCUGCGAAGACCAAGGCACCACCCGCUGAGGGGGGACUCAAGUAUUACUGCCCUAUUCACCACAUUCUGACCAAGCAUUCUAUGGAGGAUUGUCCGCUCCUUCCACGAAAUUCCAGCGCAAAGCAGACUGAAAGAAUGGAUAAAAGCAAGAAGGAUGGAAGAAAGAAGGGUGGAAGUCAUCAGAAGGACAGGAAGAAGAGAUGA